AUGUGAAAUGAUUGUUGACAAAAACGGUCAUCAUUUAUUAUUUGCGGUUAAACGUGGAAGUGCAGAUUCAUAUUUGUGGAAAAUCGCUGUGAGGAUUUAUGCAUUGAAGGUGAUUUUAUCUGUUGCUCUUAUUUCAAAUUUUCGCAUUUUUGAGAUUUAUAAAUUUUUUAUCUCUAGGAACGUAGAUGGAAGCAUUGAAUCAUGUCGCCUGCUUACAUUGCCGCAGUUUCUUAUAUUACAAGAAUCACUUAUGGCAUUGUUGAAGAACUGUGACAUUGAAAAUAUGUAUUAUUUGCCAUCAUGCACAAUGCUUCAGUCUUCUUUCUCAGAAAGAAUUAAUAAUAAAGAAGAAUGUGUUAUAUGUAUGGAUCGAAUUUCCGAUGCAAUACUUCCUUGUUCGCAUUCAUUUUGCUUUGUUUGUAUUGAACAAUGGAAAGAGAUGGGUAAAAUCACUUGUCCUAUUUGCAAACAUCCUAUUCGAAUGGAUGGUAAGGAUACAUGGGUUAUUGCAGACCAACCGAAUGAAAACGAUCUGCAUGAUUAUCUUAUUUCUAUUGCUGGAUCAAUAAUUAAGAAUAUUUAUACCGUUAUUAAUUUUAUUCUUGCAUUAGCAGCCAACGCUGCAAGCCUGGCUAGAAAUAAUGGCUCUGCCGUUUUAAGAAGGAAUCCUAUUAAGAGAUUCGCACAGUUCCAUGACGAAGGAAAUAAGCUGUGA